UUGAGUUCCUGCUCCCGAACGUCUCCGGCAACAUCCGAUCAGCUUAGUGAUCGAGUACUGCUAGAAGCACGCCGACGUUGGCUCCUUUAAGUGAGCGUAUAAAUUAGCCCAAUAAGGUGUCUUGGUUAGAUAUCUCUAUCGUUUUCUGCUUAUUGAGGGUAAUGAAAUCAGUUGUUGAUUAGAUGACUAUGAAUAUUCAAUAAAUCUCUGUGAACUGGGUUCUAUAUAAAUCGAUAUAUAGGGGAUUGCUUCGAGCUGGUGUUCACUACACAUGACUCGGUGAUAUUUCUCCUCUUACUCUUGCCAAUUAUAAAUCUUAUCAAUUAUAAAUUAGCAUUAUGAUAAGAUUGCUUACUGAACUUUCUGAUGGGCUUAGAUGAGGCCCAAGUCUACGUUACCUCCUAUUUGCUAUUCUCAUUUACUUCUUAUAAAAACAAGUUUAGUCUUUGUAAUAAGAGAAUUGUUCCCAAAAGAAAAAAGUCUUUGUAAUGAACAAAAUCUAGGUUUCAACCUUUUAAUUUCUUUCUCAUCUUUUCUCUUCUUCAAUCUCCCUCCAUUUCGACAAGCUUAUCACAUUAUAUUACCAAGACCGGCCCAUGAUAAGAUAUCGGCAAGGCCCAAUAAGGAUGGCGAACUGUGUUGACAUAAUACAUAGUAAUAGGUUGUUAUUGUAAAUAAUAAGAGUGUAAUUGUGCAAAUACCCAAAACUCCGAGGGUUUCCAGAAACAAAAGACGUAAAAAAAGUGUCGGAGGCAACAGAGUAAAAGGGAAGAGACUUGUUUUUACCUCUUCGAAUACAAGAAGCUUUCUCCGAUCCUCUUAUUCGUUGUACGAUCGAUUAAUGUGACAGAAUAAGUCACAUAUUAUACUAUCAUUAUCUAAUUGUUAAUUUUCCAUAUUUUUAGAUUUAUCUUUUCCUAGUUAGUUUAAUAUUCCUUUUGACUUUACUAUAUAUUGUAAUGUCACGACAAAGCUUUAAAUCAAUCAAUAAUAUUAUUACUUUCUUAAACCCUAAAUAUCUCUCUCCAACUAUCAAGCGUGAGUUACUUAGAACUCAAGCAACUGAACAUAGUUCUUCGAGUGGAUCCUUCUACCUCAGUGAUCAUCUCCUAGGUCUUUGUUUACCCGUUCUUCGAAUCCACAGUAAGAUUUCUAGUUUGGGAUCUAUCUAUCUAUUCUCUGUCUCAAUUAAAGAUGGCGAGCGAAAUCCCUGAAGUCGUUGUAGCUCCCGUUGUGGAGAAUGGAGGCGCUGAGUCCUCCUCCAAAGGGAAAGAGGAGGAACAGUUAGAGUCUGAGCUUUCGAAAAAGCUUGAGAUUACAGAGGAUGCAGUAGAAGAGAACGAAGAAGACGCAGAAGAAGAUGGAAGCAAAGGUGAGACAUCAACGAAGAAGAAGAAGAAGAAAAAGAAGAGUAAAAGCAAGAAGAAGACCCAACAGACUGAUCCACCUACAAUCCCUGUAGUUAAGCUUUUCCCAUCUGGAGAGUUUCCAGAAGGUGAAAUCCAACAGUACAAGGAUGACAAUUUGUGGAGAACAACAUCUGAAGAGAAGAGAGAGUUAGAGCGUUUGGAGAAGCCAAUAUACAACUCUGUACGCCAGGCUGCAGAAGUUCAUCGCCAGGUUAGAAAAUAUGUAAGAAGCAUAGUGAAGCCUGGAAUGUUGAUGACUGAUAUAUGCGAGACACUUGAGGAUACUGUUCGUAAGCUUAUAUCAGAGAAUGGUCUGAAAGCUGGUAUUCCUUUCCCUACAGGAUGCUCUUUGAACUGGGUUGCUGCUCAUUGGACACCAAACUCCGGAGACAAGACUGUCCUUCAAUACGACGAUGUUAUGAAACUGGAUUUUGGAACACAUAUUGAUGGACAUAUUGUUGACUGUGCAUUUACAGUUGCGUUCAAUCCUAUGUAUGAUCCUCUCCUAGCAGCCUCCCGUGAAGCUACUUAUACCGGUAUCAAGGAAGCUGGAAUAGAUGUUCGUCUCUGCGACAUUGGUGCUGCAAUUCAGGAGGUGAUGGAAUCUUAUGAGGUUGAAAUCAAUGGAAAAGUGUUCCCAGUUAAAAGUAUCAGGAACUUGAAUGGACAUAACAUUGGCCCGUAUCAGAUACAUGCUGGCAAAUCAGUUCCCAUAGUCAAAGGAGGUGACCAGACAAAGAUGGAAGAGGGUGAAUUCUAUGCCAUUGAAACAUUUGGAUCAACUGGGAAAGGAUUUGUGAGAGAAGACUUGGAAUGUAGUCAUUACAUGAAGAACUUUGACGCUCGCCAUGUCCCCUUAAGGCUGCCUAGAGCAAAACAACUACUUGCAACUAUCAACAACAACUUCUCCACUCUAGCCUUCUGCAGACGUUAUUUGGACCGCAUUGGUGAAACCAAAUACUUAAUGGCUUUAAAGAAUCUGUGCGAAGUUGGCAUUGUUCAGCCGUAUCCUCCUCUGUGUGAUGUGAAGGGAAGCUAUGUAUCACAGUUUAAACACACCAUUUUAUUGCGACCUACUUGCAAAGAAGUUGUUUCCAAGGGAGAUGAUUACUGAUUCAGAUCCUCUGUUCGUUUUUUCUUAUAUACUAUGUUCUUGAGAUUGCAUA